GGAAACGCCUCUUAAUAUUUUACCUUGUUUAGCCAGAUUAGGCUCUUAGGAAGUCAACAAGGGAGUGGCCCCAUGCGACGGAUUGCUGUUUUAAAUACAAUAUUGUUUCUACUUAAACAUUAUUCUUGAACGAAGAGCUGAAUCAAAAAUAAUUUCGAACCUACUUUGAGAGAAAAGUCAACUUACACAGCAGCUCUUGUUGCCAGGAUUGUGUUUGGGACGCUUGUCCUUCAGUCCUAUUGGGAGACUAGGGAGAGUGUUUGGUGGACAGUUGGAAAAAAGAAUCAUAUCCGAUGAAGAGUAAACGGGAUCAGCACUACAGGAUGGCAGACGGUAACCCAACAUCAGUACAGGACCUGUCGGCAUUUGUUGAAACAACAAUGCAGAAUCUACAGGGAAAGUUUCAAGUGAUGUCCAACCAGAUAGUCUCAAGAAUGGAUGAAAUGGGGACCCGUAUUGAUGACCUGGAAAAGAAUGUAUCUGAUCUGAUGACACUAGCAGGAAUGGAUGAACCAGUGGAAGAUAGCAAGCAGUAAAAGUGAAAAAGCAAAAAACUUUUGCCCAGCAAAGAAUUAGUUGGAAACAUUUUACAAGUUGGAAUUCACUACAAGAGGGUGGAAAGUCGUGUGAUUGCUGUAUACAUGAACCAGAAAAUACAUGUAAUUCUGAACAAAAUGAGACUCCCUCAGGACAACUGGCAGACGAACAUUUAGGAGGGUCCUAACCACUUUCCUAUUUGUAUGAACACUGUGGACACUCAACACCAAUGCAAAAAAAUGGAAGAGAAGAUCAGAUUUUGGUGGUCUCUCCACAUCUGGACUUAUCUGUGACCGUUUACCACUCAACCAAUAAAAAUGCCAAACAUC